UACCUCCCAAUCUUAGAAACUCGCACGUUCGUGCGAACAUAAACGUAAACGCACUGACAGAGAGCGACAGCUAUAAACACUGAAGUAUUGGACAGUUUACAUUGACUACAAGGUGUUAUCCGAUCUAAUGGAGUCAGAAAGUGCGGAUGUGGCGCAGUCAUUAGGUCCUGAGGAUGAUCCAGCCUCUUCAUCCGUAUCAGCUGACGCUGAAAAUGACAGCUCAAGCCAAAGCACUGAGAUGACCAGUAAGGACACUUCACAGAAGGCCGGUCAGGUUCAGCAACUGUGUCGCUUCUACUCUCAGGGCAGGCGAUGCUAUUAUGGAAAAAAGUGCCGCUAUCUUCAUCAGAGAGCAUCAGAGAAGGACGGAGAGAAUGGCGCAGCUCACAAAGAGAAAGAAGGAAAUUUGGAUGGUCACCCAUCAGACCCACAGCAGCAGUUGAGUGAAAACAGCCAGUCUGGUACAGGGGAGCAUCUGCCUCAAUCCAGCCACAAAACUGCUCCUGUGAGGCAAGAGAGAGCCAGGCGACCCUGCCGCUACUUCCUGUCUGGGUUUUGUGCAAUGGAGGACCGGUGUCGCUUCUUGCAUCCACAGCAGUUUCCACCCGUGGAGGACCAGACUUAUGGCCUGAAAGAGCGGAGCAGCUUCAGGCCUUCUGCUCCAGCUGCACGGCCAGCUAAAAGUCAAGAGCAGGUCAAACUGGCUGAUCUCACUGACGAGGUCUGCAAGCAGCUGAGAGCCACUGAGAUCGCUCAGCUCAUGAAGAGAUUUCCGAAAGACAAACUCAUCGUGCAGGAGCGAGAAGACGGACAGCUGACCUACUACAGAGUCACGGUGGAAGCCACGGACCCUGACUGGCCAUUUGACCUUAACGAAGUGGACAUCAUGGUCAGCUUUCCUGACCGUUACCCUCAAGAGGUUUUCACUGUGGAUGUCCCUGAAGACCAAGACUUACCACCAGUCAUGAGGAGACAUGUGCAGAACGCCUCAGAGGAAUGGCUGAAGGCUAAACAUGCCACCAAUCAGCUAAUGGGGAGAGUCGAGCUGCUCUUCAGGCCGUACUUACGCUGGCUGGACCGUAGUAUGGAGAAACUCUUUACUGAGGGAGCCAGACAGUUUAAAAAAGAUGUUGACCUUGAGAGGGCUGGAAUACAGUUUGUCCCUUAUGAGCAACUCAAGGUCACCGUUUUUAAGAACAUAUCCAAGAAGUCAGACACUCCUGAGCGUAUAGUGUCACUCACUGUGGCUUCAGGAGAGGAAGAAGAGCAAGAUGAAGCUGCAGUGGAGGAGGAGGAGGAGGAUGAGGAUGAGACUGCUCUCGGUAGUGAUGGGGAAGAAGGCGGCCAAAAGGUGGAGAACAUAAAAACAAGAGAGCGACGGAGAGGCACUGAAAUCAAACUGCUGGGUCUGAAACUCGGAGAACAAAUAGCUACCGUGGCGGCCAAACAGAUCUCAGUGUCCCUGAAGUGCAACAGGUGUAAAGUGGAUUCUGACCUAACCUUGUCCGGGCGUCUGCCCUGCACUGCUCAGUGUGAGACAUGUCAAGCAGAGAUCAGUGCUGCCUUCAGACCCAGUAUGUUGCACCACUACAGUGAUGUUUUGGGCUAUUUGGACCUCAGUGGAGUUGUGCCUGUAGAUCUGGUACUGAAGGACUCUGUAUUCACUGUGGGUUGCCUGAACUGCAACAAGGAGGACACAGUUCAGAAUCUGGCUUACGGACAAAACUGGGAGCAAAACUGCCAACAUUGUCAUACCAAACUCAGCAUUUUUGUGGAGGCGACACGUUUCCAGUUCAUUCAGCCACAGCCCAGAAAUCAGACAGGUGCAGCAUCUCAAUACCCUCGACGCUACAGAGACCCUGCAGUUCAGCAAGGAAAACCUUUACCUGAUAAAGGAGCCUGCAGACAUUUCAGACAAAGUCACCGGUGGCUAAGGUUUCCGUGCUGUGGUCGGGCAUACCCAUGUGAUGUGUGCCAUGAUGAAGAUCAGGACCAUCUGAUGGAGCUGGCCAACAGAAUGAUCUGCGGUUAUUGUGCCAAAGAGCAGCCAUACAGCAGCAGUAAACCAUGUGUUGGUUGUGGAGGUAUGAUGACAAGAGGAACCUUCACAAGCCACUGGGAGGGCGGACAGGGCUGUAGAAACAAGGCUAAGAUGAGCAGGAAUGACCGGCAAAAAUACACCAAUACAAAUAAAACGGUGGCAAAGAAAAAGGUUAAAGAAAAAAGUAACUAAAAAUACCAGAGGGUCUUAUUUUCAUCCUAUCAGAUGAUACAUGGUCGGAUAACUAAUCAUGUUUAAAUCAGCAAAUCACAUUUUUAGAUUUUCUUUCCAGAUGAUUUCACCAGAUUGUUUUCUUCCAGUGUACAAAUAGAGUUUACAAUACAAAGUUUCAAGUAAAAUACAUAUGGCAGAUUUUACAUAUAUUCAGCAUAACAUGUAAACCGUUCCCACUUCCUGUACAUCUCUUUUCUUUUUGUAUGCUAGUAGAAAAAAGACAUACAUACCGCAUAUGCAUAAAUUCAGUUACAUCUUUGGUUUUAGAUUGCUUAUGAAUAACUGAAAUGAUGCUAGUCAAGAGUCAUUUAGACUUCAGAAGUUUGCUAAAGGAUACAAGCAUUAUGAUGUGACAUUUUAUUUUAUUUUAGUCACUGAACAUCUCACUCUCUCUUAUUUCUCUCAAAAUGCAACCAAAUCAAAUUAUGGGUACUUGUAUCCAAAAUGUAGUAGUGCAAUAAGCAAAAUAUGGAAUGCUAAAUAUUUCUGUGCAUUUUCUAUGAUUGCAAUUAAAAUAAAAUUAU